UUUCCAAUCUUCUUUUCCCCAAAGCAUCCAAGCCUCAUGGAACAGCAAAAUCUAACAAGUGUUUCAGAAUUCUUCCUCCUGGGACUCUCAGAUGAUCCAGAACUGCAGCCCUUCUUCCUUGGGCUAUUUCUGUCCAUGUACCUGGUCACUAUGUUGGGGAACCUACUCAUCAUCCUGACUGUCGCUUCUGACUCCCACCUUCACACCCCCAUGUACUUCUUCCUCUCCAGCCUGUCCUUGGCUGACAUGGGUUUUGUCUCUGCCACCAUCCCCAAGAUGAUUGGGAACAUCCAAACUCACAGCAGAGUCAUCUCUUUUGCUGGCUGCCUGACACAGAUGUCUACUUUCGUCCUUUUCGGAAGCAUGGAUGAUAUGCUUCUGUCUCUGAUGGCCUAUGACAGGUUUGUGGCCAUCUGUCAUCCACUGCACUACCUGGUCAUCAUGCAUCCACGCCUCUGCUGCUUCUUAGUUUUGAUGUCUUUUUUGGUCAGCCUUUUGGACUCCCAGGUGCACAAUUGGAUUGUGUUACGACUUACCUGCUUCAAGGAUGUGAAAAUUCCUAAUUUCUUCUGUGACCCUUCUCAACUCCUCAACCUUGCCUGUUCUGAUAUCUUCACCAAUAACAUUAUUGUGUAUUUUGUUGGUGCCAUUUUUGGUUUUCUCCCUAUAUCAGGAAUCUUUUUCUCUUACUGUAAAAUUCUUUCCUCCAUUCUGAGAGUGCCUUCAUUAGGUCAGAAGUAUAAGGCCUUCUCCACCUGUGGCUCUCACCUGGCAGUUGUUUGCUUAUUUUAUGGAACAGGUUUUGGGGUGUAUCUCAGCUCAACCAUCUCACAUUCUCUCAGGAAGGAUGCAGUGGCCUCGGUGAUGUACACGGUGGUCACCCCCAUGCUGAACCCCUUUAUCUACAGUCUGAAGAACAGAGACAUCAAAAGGGCCAUGAGGAGGUUGCUCAGCCAAGCAAUCUAA